CUGCGAAAAUGGCGCGCAUCGGCUGCUUUCGCGAGUAGGCUGUCAAGCACGAAAAAUGAGACACCACGGCAUUUGAGACUGGUACGUUGACCCUGUAAAUUGAAAGGGCCGUCAUAAAACGUUAGUAAGUGUCUAGAUGCGUGCCUCGUGCCCGCGCAUCGAGGCUUCGCAACGUAAGAUCAACUCGCGUGUUCUUCUUGUCCCGCGUGUCUCUCAAAAGAGUGAGAAAAAUGGACACGACGGCUCCUUUGGAACCGGGCAAGAUUCGUCGGCUCGACGAAACGGUCACGAAUCGCAUCGCCGCCGGCGAGGUGGUACAGCGACCCGUGAACGCGCUCAAGGAAAUGCUCGAAAACAGCAUCGACGCCAAGUCCACAAGCAUCCAAGUGGUGGCCAAGAGCGGAGGCCUCAAACUGUUACAGAUCAAGGACAACGGAUGCGGCAUCCGCAAGGAAGACCUGGACAUCGUCUGCGAGCGCUUCACGACCAGCAAGCUGGUCAAGUUCGAAGAUCUGGGCUCGAUCGCCACGUACGGUUUUCGGGGCGAAGCCCUGGCCAGCAUCAGCUACGUCGCCCGGGUCGCCAUCACCACCAAGACGGAGGGCUCCACGUGCGCCUACAAGUUGUCCUACCUGAACGGCAGGCCCACGGGUCCCGCCAAGCCCUGCGCCGGAAACCGCGGCACGCUGAUCGUCGUGGAAGACCUCUUCUACAACGUCCCCACGCGGAGGAACGCCUUCAAGAGCCCCGGCGAGGAGUACCGCCGCAUCGUGGACGUCGUGAGCCGGUACGCGGUUCACAACGCGGGCGUCGCCAUGUCCGUCCGGCAGGCGGACGACUCUUCCACGGACGUGAGGACGAUGAGCGAGGCUAGCACGCUGCAGAACAUCGAGUGCAUCUACGGCAAGAACGUGAGCCGCGAGCUGCUUCCGGUCGAGUGCUGCGACGCCAACGUCAAGUUGAAGAUGAAGGGCUACGUCUCGAACGCGAACUGCUCCUACAAGAAGUGCACCAUGCUGCUCUUCAUCAACCACCGCCUCGUCGAGAGCGCCGCGCUCCGCAAGGCCGUCGAGUCCAUCUACGCGUCGUACCUGCCCAAGAACGCGCACCCGUGGCUCUACCUGUCGCUCGAGAUACACCCGGCAAACGUGGACGUCAACGUGCACCCGACCAAGAAGGAGGUCCACUUCCUACACGAGGAGCUGAUCCUGGAGAGCGUCCAGAAGGCCAUCGACUCGGCCCUCCUGUCGUGCGACUCCUCGAGGACCUUCCUCACGCAGGCGUGCCUUCCGCGCAUCGCGACGUCGUCCGCCAAGUCCUCCUCCGCGAACAAGAAGGCCGACAAGACUGCAAGUGGAGCGUCCACUUCGGUCGACGAGAGGCACAUGGUCCGCACAGACUCCCAGAUGCAGAAGUUGGACGCCUUCCUCAAGAAAUCGUCGCCGCAGGCCUCUAAGCAAGCCGCGUCGUCUAGCCAGCCCGCACGCGAACCAGAGGACGUCGGCGAAGACGACGCCGCCGCGGAGCGACCUCAAGUCAAGCUGCAGAGCGUCAUCAACCUCUGGGAAGCGGUCGUCAAGAACAGCCAUUCAGGCCUCCGGGAGCUCUUCCGUAACCACACCUUCGUUGGCUGCGUCAACCAACGUUACUGCCUGGUCCAGCACAAAACCGAACUGUACCUCAUCAACACGCGAAGGGUGUCCGAAGAACUCUUCUACCAGCUGAUGCUCAAGAACUUCGGCCGGUUCGGCAUGUACCAGCUCUCCGAGCCUGCUCCAAUCUACGACCUCGCGAUGAUGGCCCUUGGGCUCGAAGAGUGUGGCUGGACGGAGGCGGACGGACCCAAAGAGGAGCUCGCGCGCUACAUGUCGUCGUUCCUGACGUCGAAGGCGGAGAUGCUAGACGACUACUUCUCGUUGGGCAUCAACGAGGCGGGCGAGAUCACCUCCCUGCCCAUCGUCCUCAACGACCACACUCCGCCGGUGGAAGGGCUCCCCAUGUACGCCCUGCGGCUCGCCACGGAAGUAGAGUGGGAGAAGGAGCAGGAGUGUUUCGAAACGUUCUGCAGGGAGACUGCGCGAUUCUAUGCGGGACCUUCAGUAGAUGCCGGCAGGGACGACGACCCGAACGGCUGGAAGUGGGUGACUGAACACGUUGUGUUCCCGGCAGCGAAGCAAACUCUUAGACUGCCCGCUGAGUACAUGGAGAACUCUUGCGUGUUGCAAGUGGCAAGCUUGCCUAACCUGUACAAAGUGUUUGAAAGGUGUUAAUGUUCCUUUUCUUUCUGGAAAAGAGGGUGUGUGUGCGUGUAUGUCAUGGUGACUGACAGACAUUUGAAUACAAUACUCUGAAGCAAAGCAAUUUACAUUGCGUUUGUAGACACACAUGUAAAUAUGGUUGGGAAGACUAUUGCGUGAGCUCUGAUUAAUAAUUGCCCUAGCAGAGUUUAGCGCCAUCUUCAGUUCUUGGUACACUCACACAAUGUACGACACAUGAUGUGAAAAUCUGUGCGUGUGCUUUCCAAGUUUGAACCACGUAAUUGAACUGACAGGGAAAACAUAACCAUAGGUCAUUAUUUUGAAACCUGUUCUCUUAAAGUGGCAGUAAAUUGCAAAUAAAGCAUAUAUUUUGUGAGAAUAUUUUUUCCA